AUCUUUCUUUGAUCUUCAUAUGAAAGUGUCAAGUGUGCAUCAAAGCUCGUAUGAAACAACAUGCGUGGCUACAUUGAUUUUUUGUUAACAUUUGUCAUCUUUGACACAGAUUUUAUUAUAGCUCCUUCUAUAAAUACCCUUUCCUUCUCAACCUAUUCUUCACCCAAGUCGUAGCGGUGUUCUUUAGCAUCAUCAUAACUGAUCAAAAUGGCAGAAAUUUCACUUGGUUUCCUUGCAUUCUCUCUACUCGUCUUCGUUCUAACUAUUUCAGAAAUCACCACGGUGAAGGGAGAAUUAUGUGAACAUGCAAGCAAAACCUGGUCUGGAAAGUGCAAAGAUACCGACAAAUGCAACAAACAAUGCAUAGAAUGGGAGGGUGCAAAAAAUGGUGCUUGUCAUCAACGUGAAGCACAAUACAUGUGCUUUUGCUACUCUGAUUGUCCCCCCAAAGGAAAGAAACCACCUCUCUCUCCAGCCCCAGCACCAGCUCCGCCUCCACCUCCACCUCCACCUCCACCACCACCACCGGCUGGGGGGCAGCCAGCUCCACCUCCAGGAUGUGCGAAGCUUGAUGUAGAUAAGCUAAUAGCUGAAGCACUCACCCGCUACAAGAUCGAAGUUGAGAAAGUGAUACAUUUUGAGCUUCCAAUCGACCCGGCUGUCAUCCUUGUAUAACAAUUAUGAAUGAAGAGAAAAUAUUUUGUUGUUAUAUAUGUAUUUGUUACGUAGUCAAUAGCUUUAUGAUUCCCAUACAUAAUUGUUUCAGGAAUAUGACAAAUUGAGUAUUUUUUUUUUUUUUUGCUCUUUAAGAACAUAUCGGCUGCUUUAUUCCUAAAUUACGUAGUUCAUUCCAAAUGGGUCUUGAACCUAUCAUCUUAUGGGUGAGAGGCACAUUUCGACCAACACAAGAUAUAUAAGCUAGAAGCCUUUG